AUGUCCUCUCCCUCCCUCCCCAUGCCGUCUCUCCCCCCAAGCCCCCUGGCCAUGGAGUACCUGAACGACUUUGACCUCCUCAAGUUUGAGGUGAAAUCAGACACUCCUCCGCUCCCCCCUCCGUGUUCGUAUCCCAAAUCUGGCCUCCCCCACGACCCCUCCAGCUCUCCGUACACCAGCCACCCUCCGCAGGACUCCAGUUUGAGCUCCAGCCCUUACAACUCGCUGCCACCUUCGCCGACGCUCAGCGACGCCCACCCGCCUCCUUCGGGCUCCUCCUCCCUCUCCUCGUCCUCCUCCUCCAUCUCCUUCCCCAUCUCCAUAUCCAACAGCUUCACCUCCGGCAUCAGCUCCGGCUCUCAGGGGAACGUGGAGGGCAGCCCGGCCCACGGCGGCCCUCAGGGUCCCACUCCGGCCUCGCUGGAGGACCUGAUCUGGCUGGCGGCGCUGCAGCAGCAGUUUGGAGGUGAGGUGACGGGGCCCGCCACUCUGCUGGGAGCCUUGGGAGGAGUUCCGGAGCGAGGGGACCGAGAGAGGGGGCCUGUCAAUGGCUUCCUGGGCUGUGAGGAUGCUGUGGAGGCUUUGCUGAACUCGGCUGCUGCGGCUGUCAGCUCACAGUUUCCAGGUCUUUCUCAGAGUUCGAGCAGCAACCUGGGUGACUCCAGCAGCGACAGUGGGGCCGACAUCUCCUGCGCCAAGGCGGCCGACAUGUGCCAUCGCCCACUCGUCUUCCUCUCAUCGGCCCCUCCCUCGCUCCCCAACGGCGCCCCGGCUUCGGGCCCCUACCCUCAGCCCCUCAGCCCCCAGGGCCGCCUUCACCACCACCAGCAUCACCACCAUCAGCAUCACCCGCACCACCCCAUGCAUGGCAGCCAUCACCAUCAUCACCACCCACAAGUCAAUCAGUGCGGGGUGAACGAGCGCUUCUCCGAUGAGCAGCUGGUGAGCCUGUCGGUGCGCGAGCUGAACCGACACCUGCGUGGGGUGAGCAAGGACGAGGUGGUGCGCCUGAAGCAGAAGCGCCGCACGCUAAAGAACCGCGGCUAUGCCCAGUCGUGCCGCUACAAGCGCUUACAGCACCGCCACGCUCUGGAGUCAGAGAAACACGUGCUCACACAACAGUUGGAACAGCUACAGUGUGAGCUGACUCGAGUGCUGAGGGAGAGGGACGCCUACAAGGCUCGCUACGAGAAGCUCCUCAGCACAAACCACAGUACCGGUGGCAGCAGCAGCGGCGACGCCCCGCCGACCCGCACCAACAACCCACCUUCCCCGCCCUCUGACUACUUCCUCUGA